AUGGCAGAGAAGAUUGUCAUAACCAGUGGCAACCAGCCCAUUGUAAAGAUAGGGCAUUAUACGCUGGGAGCUACCCUUGGCGUCGGUACCUUCGGCAAGGUGAAAAUAGGAGAGCACCAGCUGACCAAACACAAGGUCGCCGUGAAGAUUCUGAACAGACAGAAGAUAAAGAGCCUCGAUGUCGUGGGGAAGAUCAGACGUGAGAUACAGAACCUUAAGUUGUUCAGACACCCGCAUAUUAUUAAACUGUACCAGGUGAUAUCCACUCCAACUGACAUAUUCAUGAUAAUGGAAUAUGUGUCUGGUGGUGAACUGUUCGACUACAUAGUGAAGAGAGGCAAGCUCCAAGAGCAUGAAGCCAGGAGGUUUUUCCAACAGAUUAUAUCAGGUGUGGACUAUUGCCAUAGACACAUGAUAGUGCACAGAGACCUUAAACCUGAGAACCUCCUUCUUGACCACAAUAUGCAUGUAAAGAUAGCUGACUUUGGACUUUCCAACAUGAUGAUGGAUGGAGAAUUUUUAAGGACAUCAUGUGGAUCACCUAAUUAUGCGGCACCUGAGGUUAUAUCAGGAAAACUAUAUGCAGGACCAGAAGUAGAUGUAUGGUCAUGUGGAGUCAUACUCUAUGCUCUACUCUGUGGAACACUACCGUUUGACGAUGAACAUGUUCCGACACUGUUCAGGAAGAUUAAAUCUGGCAUAUUCCCCAUACCUGAGUACCUGAAUAAGAGUGUAGUUAGUUUGCUAUGCAUGAUGCUGCAAGUGGAUCCGAUGAAGAGAGCCUCUAUUGAGGAUGUAAAGAAACAUGAGUGGUUCCAAAAAGACCUGCCAGGGUAUCUAUUCCCGUCUCCCGUUGAGCAGGUAAUUACAGACAGCAGUGUCAUCGACACAGAGGCGAUAUCUGAAGUGUGCGACAAGUUUGGCGUGAAAGAACAUGAAGUUCACAACGCUCUACUGAGCGGAGACCCUCACGACCAAUUGGCCAUCGCCUACCAUCUCAUCAUAGACAAUAAGAGAAUCGCUGACGAAGCUGCUAAAGCAGAAAUAAAGGACUUUUAUGUAGCAAGUAACUCGCCGCCCGCGGCGUCAGAGACGGCACGUCCGCACCCCGAGCGGAUCGCACCGCAUCCACACCAACAGCAGGACAAAGCGAGAGGGACACCAGUGAAGAGAGCAAAAUGGCACUUGGGCAUCAGAUCUCAAAGCAAACCGAACGACAUCAUGCUAGAAGUGUUCCGCGCCAUGAAAGCUCUCGACUACGAAUGGAAAGUUAUCAACCCUUAUCACGUAAGGGUACGCACACUUAACAAAAUGACGGAAAAGUACGUGAAGAUGUCACUACAGUUAUACCAGGUGGAUUACAAGUCUUAUUUAUUGGACUUCAAGUCUUUGUCCGGGGAAAAGGAAGAUUCUGACGAGGAGGCAGCCUCGCCUCUAGUUGCGGCGGCCCCGCCCCCGCCCCCCGCGUCUCCAACGGGACCUCAAGGACAUCACACUAUGGAGUUCUUCGAAAUGUGUGCCGCUCUCAUCAUACAACUAGCGCGGUAA